AUGGAUGCCACCACGGAGCCCACCAUGGACCCUAACGACAGCCCUCUCUGCAACCUCGAUUUGUGGUGCGACUGGAGCGGCGUCCCAGAAGACCCAGUGUCUAUCACAAUUGCCAUGGAGCUAGAAGCCUGCGGUCAUCCCAACCUUCAUAUACCAAUCCUCAAUGUUAAGUCGCCAAACAUCGUCAAAAGCCCGUCUUGGAUCAUCCGAUUGAAGCCCGACUUCGCCCACAAUGAUACAGACGCUCCCCUUGACCAUGAAUAUGGCGAUGAGACCAAGAGAUACCCUGCCAAGAAUGGCUCUAUUUCUACCUCUGGGAGCGUUGUUCUUCAUGAUGACUCGCAGGGUAAUCAUUUUCGGGGUCGUCGUACUGUGAAUAUCUCGGCGAUGUACACCCGGGUUGAUAGCUCGGAUAGCUCAACGUCUCAUAACCCAUGCAAGAACGAUGUCAACGGCAGUAGCCCGAACUCCAACCCGCGUAAGAGAUCCGCCACGGCUGCUUCUCUGCCUGACUCAAUCCCUCCUGACGAUGAAUGCCAAGGCAUCCGACACAAAGUCCUGAUGACCAAGGUCGACCCGCCGAGACUAGAGCCUGUGUCCCAGGACACUAGCGCCACCAAGGAAAUCGCCAGCUCCAUUCCCAUUCGAAAGUGUUCUGUUAGCUUGGACGGAAUCAGCGUGACAUCUGGGAACAUCCCGUUGCCUCCAGACUCGGCUCCAACUCCUGUGCCAGUUUCCCCGAACGUUACACCUGAGAAUCCUUUGGACGGCAAUAUCGCGACAGUUGAAAAUCUACUCGAUGAAAUCUUUCCUUGUCGCAAUGCAGAAACUUCUUCCAGCAAGACUGACUUGAGCGGCACUGAGCCGCUGACCGAAGCGAACUUGCUUCAGCGGAAUUAUGAUACGUUUUCUACUCGUGGGCGCAACGGCAGCCUUUCUAGCAGUGAAAAUAGUGACAAAGAAAAGGAGGACCUGCUUCUUUCUCUUGAAUCCAUCGGAUCGCCAUCAUCCUUCUCGGGCCAUGGGUUUAAUCAACCCCCUCUGUCCCAGACGUCCGCGGAAAUUGCCAACAAGCACAAGCCCAAGCUUGUUCUAAACAAUGACAUUCUUUACCUGCAGACCCCUCAGAUUGUCUACUCUGCGACAUACCAAAUUGCUAUUUCGCUCAAGGUCAGACUGCAGAAAGGGAAAUCGAGGGAUUGGUGGGAGUUGAUUGUGAGUGGACUGCCUCGACUCGCACAAUUCGAGUCUGGCUACCUCUACUUCCGAACACCCCCAGGCCAAGGAAUGGAAUUCACGACUUCGCCCUUCAAACGACAUACGCUUGUGGAAAGCUGCUUGAUGGCCCAGUUUGGCAGCGGAAAAAAUUUCGUGAUUCCGUUCCGUAAGUGCAAUGCUGAGUACUACGGACAACUCAAGGAUCACAAAGUCAACACAGUCAUACGGGCCGAGGUGGCAGAGACUGGGGAUCCUUCAUCCUAUCUGAUCAAAUAUAACGCUGUUUGCUCUAUUGAUCUCAUCAAUCACAGCUUCUGGGCCGAGAAGUGCAAAUUCUACCUUAGAGUGCAUGGCGGCCCGGAAGGCGAGUUUGACGCCGUUUUUGCAGCUGAGAAGCCUCUGAUCAACUCUAUUCGGCUACAACCAGCGCCAGAUGGGAUUGGAAUCUCGCGCAUCAGUAUCAUCAGCAUCCCCCAAGCCCUGAGCAUGUUCACGGUGUCAUGGGAAGUUAAGGUGUCACGAGGCGAUGUCACCUGGCUGCCAUGGAUUAGGACCACGCUCAGCUACAGUGAUAUCGAAACCAAUCUCCAAGAAGAUUACACUCUUUUUGGCCCUAAAGCUGAACAUAUCCCUCCAAAGCACCCGAGGUUUGAUACUAGGUGCCAAUCUCCAUCCUCUCAACUGAGACUUUCUCGCAAGCUUGAUCAUUUUAAGCCCCCGGUUGCGAAGACUCCAGCUUCAUUCUUCUAUGACAGUUUCGCCAUUCGAGAGACUGGAAUAUUUAAACCAGCUUCCAAAUCUACAAGCACACAAACCCUAGUUGCGGAAACUCCAGUCGCUGAGCCAAAGAAGCGGCCACUCCGCGCUGUACGCGGACUGUGGACCUUGAUCAAGUUCUUUGUCCAACUACUCGGGUUCCUGGCAUCUGUUCACAUUAUCUACUACUGGUCGUACUUGAUGCGCGACUGUGGGUUCCGUUUCGACAGUUUCGACAGUUUCGGCCUCCUUGCUCACCAGACUUCGUACCCCCAAAAUGAAGUGUAUGGCUGUUCCAACGGCCUAGUGGACUACGCAGUAAAUAUUACGAAUGCUGACGUGGAGAAAGAGAUGGACACAGUUCUGCCGGAGCUGUUACUUCAGCCCGAGCUGAUUCGAUCUGAAGUUCAGCAGACUAUCAACACUGCACCUGUGGAAAUCACCCCAAUGCCCCUGAGAGAUCGUAUUGACUACCUUCUCGGAUGGCGAGGACCAAUUGCGUGA